AAAAUUAAUUUAUUAUUUAUUGAGAUCAUAUAUUUAUAUAUAGUAAUUUAUUAAGAUUUAAAAAUGAGUUAGUGUUGUGUUGUGUUAAUUGUGAUCAUCUUAAAGUUCCGCGACGUAGAAAUUUCCGUGACCGAAUUUUCGUUGGCUUUACUUGCAAGUUAAACUAAACCAGAGAAGAGAAGUAGUAGAAUAAGAAAAUGAAAUAAAGAAGUACAAGUAUAAGUAGUAGAAGCAUAAGUUGACGAAAACCAAGAGGCGAAACAAAUGGAAUAAGAAGGGGAAAUUAAAAAAGGGAGAGGGAGAAAGAAAGAGAAGUGAGAGAGAUAAAAAUUAAUAUGAAGAUUUUAAAAAAAGUGGUAGUAGUACUCGUGAUGGAAGACGGCGCGUUAAUAUUUUAGUUUUAACCUACAGUUUAAGUAGUACAUCUUUUUUUUUUUUUUCGUAUUCAUUUUUAGAGGAAAAUGUAAUAGGGAUUUUAAAAAUGUGAGUUGGUAAUUUUUAUUUUUUAUGAUGAAAAGGAAAAAAUAAAUUUGUGAAGUGAUGGUGAUUUUGUGUUUUUUUUUUUUUAAAUUAGUUACGUGAAUUUAAUUUUUUUUUCAACUUGUAAGUGGUUUUGAAGUCACUAAGUAAACACUAGGUAUUUUUUUUCGGAGGAAUCUGACGAGCCGGUCAUAUUGAGUGUCAAAAUUGCAAGGAUGACGGAAGAAGAUUGCUCGGGAGUGAGUCAUACACGCGACUGGUGACGAAUGAACGCGAUGCAACAGCAGCAGCAACAACAGCAGAGCCAAGGGGGCCCCGCGGCGCCCAAUGGAGUCGCUGGUGGGGCCCAAUUGCCGACGAGUCCAUCGCAAGUGGGCCCUGCCUCGGGUACCGCUGCCGGCAAUUCCACUAGUCGGCCCCAAGUUAAUGGUGGGAGGUUUGAUUUUGAUGACGGCGGGACUUUUUGCGGUGGAUGGGAAGAUGGAAAAGCUCAUGGACAUGGUGUUUGCACUGGUCCCAAAGGUCAAGGAGCUUAUUCCGGUAGCUGGCACUACGGGUUUGAAGUUUCUGGUGUUUACACCUGGCCAAGUGGCUCGGCUUAUGAGGGCCAGUGGCAAAAUGGGAAACGUCAUGGGCUGGGUAUGGAAACUCGAGGACGAUGGAUUUAUCGUGGAGAGUGGACUCAAGGCUUUAAAGGUCGCUAUGGUGUAAGACAAUCCACAACUUCAAAUGCUAGGUAUGAGGGAACUUGGUCUAAUGGAUUACAAGAUGGUUAUGGCUCGGAAACUUAUGCCGAUUCAGGAACUUAUCAGGGGCAAUGGUUACGUGGAAUGCGCCAUGGUUAUGGAGUAAGAACAAGUGCGCCAUUUGGAUUAGCUAGUCAUUAUAAACCACCGAAACAAAUGCGUGCAUCAUUAACGUCACUUAGAAGUACCGAUGGUGCACCGGCAGUACCACCGACACCAGAACCAACAGAUCGAAGGGAUCGUCGGGUUGAUGAUAGUCGAGGUGGUUUUGUAUUAAAAGCACGAAGUGAUGAUCCACCUGCGAGACGAAAAAGUUUGACGGAGAAAUCAUUGAAGAAAGGAAUUCUUUCGGGUUUGAAAAUUCGUAAGCAAAGAAGUACUGGUGACUUAGAAAAACGUGGUACUGUUGGUAGUAUACGAAGCAAUGCUAGUUCUGCGUCAUGGAUGUCAACUGAAAGCUCACAUAGUCAAGCAUCUGCGUCAGUACAUACCGAUAGUAAUGCGUCAUUCGUUAUUGAGGAUGAGCAAAUGGAUGCUUCAGUUACUGAGACUUAUUUAGGAGAAUGGAAAAAUGAUAAACGAACAGGUUUUGGUAUCUCUGAACGUAGUGAUGGUUUACGUUACGAAGGUGAAUGGUUCAAUAACCGUAAAUAUGGUUACGGAGUAACGACAUUUCGUGACGGUACCAAAGAAGAGGGAAAAUAUAAAAACAACGUGUUAAUAACCUCACAAAAAAAGAAACACAUAUUUUUAAUAAGAUCAGCUAAAUUUCGUGAAAGGAUAGACGCCGCAGUGAACGCAGCCGUACGUUCCAGUAGAAUGGCCUUACAAAAAUCCGACAUCGCUAUUUCACGUACAGCGACAGCGCGGGGUAAAGCGGAACUAGCGGAUAUUGCUGCCGAGCAUGCGCGACAAGAUUCAGAGCUAGCUCAACAAACAGCUAAACAAUUUGCCCCAGAUUUUCGUGAACCGGGACUUGAACGUUUACGUAAUCGUGAAAUACCCAAGUAUGUUCCACCACCCCAGGAUACACAACCUUCUAAAAGUAUCCUUUCAACUUCCGCUAAAUCAUCGGCAUUAGAAAACACCCAAGUUAAGUCUACUGACGCUACGCAAGGUGGCGCUGCAACGAACCCUAGCUCAGUUGGUGGCGCUAGUGCGGGUAUCGGUAUUGGGAAUCAAGGAAAUUCGACUCAAACAUUUAAUCAAUCAUUAACACAAUCAAUAAGACGUGCUAGUAUGAAACCAAUGACCAAUCAAAUACCAUUAACAAAUAAUAAUAAUAAUAAUACUAAUAAUAAUACUUCUGUAAUAAAUCCUGUAACACAAAAUGCCGGACUUAUGGGACAAUAUGGCGGUGGUCAAAAUUAUGGUUAUGGUGGUGGGGGUGGUAUGAGUGGUGUUAGUGAAGGUGGACUAUUUAUGAACAAUUCAAAUGCGUAUGCACAAAAUGUCGGGCAAUUUGGUUUAGGGCCGCUGGCUAAUACGCAACAAGUUUUAGAAAUUACCAAUAGUGGUAUUUCUACUGGUGGUGUCAUAGGUGGCAGUAGUGCCGGUGGAUAUCUACCUCAACAUGGAUAUCAAUUUCCUAAUCAACAGAUUUAUCAACAAAACCAGAGUUUAUACGACCCGACGAGUAUGGCCCCUAGCAAUUUUUUACCACAACAGAUUUAUGGUGGAAUGAAUAAUUAUGGAAACGCGAAUUAUAAUUCGAUGACUUAUCAACAAAUGCAGCAACAGCAAAUGCAACAACAAGUUCAUCAACAACAGCAACAACAACAACUACAACAGCAACAACAACAAUUACAACAAAAUCAGUACGGAGACGCAAACGAUGGAAUGAGGCAAAACAUUAGCACUUUAAGAAGAAAUAGUAGAGUUUUGAGUCAACAAGAUCGACCCAACACGGUCGUCAAUGCCCAGUCUUUGAAUGAUCGAUUGGAUCAUUACAAAAGACCACCAAGUCGUGAUAGUUCCGUUGAUCGUUAUCGUACAAAUCGCUUAAUUGGAUCACGUCAACCGUCCGUUGAUAAACAAUCACAGGAUGGCGAAAGAACUGGAAGAGGCGGAAGUAUAAUGAGAUCAGGGACACCAUUAAACGGAUCAGCUGUUGGAAGUGGUGCAGCUACACCAACAUACACAGCACCAACGACCAGCCAAUUUGAAGGUGCGUUAAGACGCCGUGGUACCGGUCAAGAAAUAAUACCUAGUGCUGUCCAACCUAAACGUACUGAGAGCUUGUAUGUUACACCUGCUCGCGGAUCAAUAGGUGGUGGCGGGGCUGGCGGCGGCGGGAAAAUGAAAGCGAUACCAGUCCCAGCGAUGCCACUGCAAAGAAAAAAAUCACUGCCUGACGUUGCCCAGCCGAUCCAAUUGACAGCGACGAGUCCGUUGUCUCGAGAGGAGGUCAGCGUACUAAGCAGUAUGAGGAGAGAGGAGAUACGAAGACAAAUUGACGAAAGUGAAAGACUCAGGGCCAAUCCCCUUCUCUAUCUAGUCAGUCCCCAGGUCAAAGACUGGUUCUCGCGACAGCAAUUAGUGAUGAUUGUACUUUUUAUCAACAUAUCAUUGGCCCUGAUGUUCUUCAAAUUAUUAACGUAGCGAAUCCUUAAUGAUAUAAAAAAUACUAAAUAAUAAUAAUUAAUUCAAAAAUUAAUUAUUGUAUUUUUAUAAUUAAACGCAAAUCACUUGAUUGAACUUCAACGCGAUUUGUUUUUUAACUGGUAAAAAAAUUUUGACCGCGUCUUAUAAAGACAGUUGUGCCAGUAAAUUUUUUGACAAAUAUCGAUAAAUAAAUCUUUUUUCAACCGAAUGUCGGUAAUGCAGACUUUUGUCAAGAAUUACGAAGACGAUUUUUGCGAUUAUAAAAUAAUAAACGAUUUUUAUGCUACGAAAAAAAUAUUUUUAAUGAUAAAUUAGUAUAUUUAAAAAUUAUUGAAAUUUUUUAAACUUAAUAAAAAUUUUUAUCAUAAAAAAAUGAAUAGGAAACAGGACUUAA